AAUAUGAAAUCUCAAUCUUCCUAAAACACUAAACGGUCGCUGCCCAUCUUGAGAGUCGAAGACCUCCAACGCCUGAGACAAACAACGACGGCGAGACGAGAGUGCACCACCUCAGACGAACUCCUCCUAAGCGCAGCGUGAACCCAUAAACCAUUUUUACUGUUUCAGUCGCUCCGCCUCCCGCCUCCUCUGCUCGCCGCUUCUCCGGUGUUUCUCCCUCUCCUCCAGUGGUCUGCUCUCUCUCCGCAGCUCGGCGCUCCUCCGGUCGUCUGCCCUCUCUCUCCGAGCCUCUCAAAUAUUUUGGAUAUUGGGAAGAUUAGGUAACUCAAAGCUAACAAAAUGGCUUUUACUCACUCUUCUUGCUCGGGUCGAUUCGCUCUGUAGAUGGUUUCAUUUGCCUACAUUUUUAUGGCUUCUCUGCUCUUCCGAAGCUUAAACCCUUGAAGUUGAAGGUUGGUACUUAAACCCUACUCUAGAGCUCCAUUUUGGGUUUUCAAGUAUGAGAGAAAUCGUCACUCUUCAAGUUGGAGGCUUCGCAAACUUUGUUGGCUCCCAUUUCUGGAACUUUCAGGAUGAAUUACUUGGGUUGGCUUUGGACCCUCAUGCUGAUCAAGCCUUCAGUAAUCAAAAUUUAAACAUGGAUGUGCUGUACCGUACUGGUGAGACACAUGAGGGCACUGUUUCUUAUACUCCUCGCUUAGUUUCAGUUGACUUUCAAGGAUCCCUUGGGUCUAUGAGUUCGCGUGGAACAUUGUACGGUGAAAAUUCACAUGCUGAAUCAAAUGUUUUAACAUGGGAUGGUAAUAUUUCUACCCAUGCCUUGGAACCUCAUAAGAAGAAUUUGUUUUUACAACGUUUGCACGUUGAAGAACAUGGAAAUUCAACUCUCCUAAAUGAUGGGAAUAGUAGUCUUCCAAAAGAGAUUCAUGAUAAUGAUGUAGUUGAAAGUUUACAAAACGAUGUACAAUUUUGGACAGACUUCUCAAAAGUUCACUAUCAUCACCAGAGUUUGUAUGAAUUAACUGGAUUAGGAAUGGAUGCACAAGAAUUCGAUAAUUAUGGGGCUGGAAGAGAUGCUUUUACCGAGGGUUUAAGAGGAGAAGAAAUUGGUGACAGGCUUCGCUUUUUUGUAGAGGAGUGUGAUCAUAUUCAGGGUUUUCAAUUCAUUGUGGAUGAUUCAGGAGGCUUCUCUGGUCUAGCGGCAGAUUUCUUGGAGAACAUUGCUGAUGACUACACGAACAUUCCAGUAUUGUUAUAUACUGUUCGUGGCCCUGUUUCUCACGUGAAUCCCAGGAGCCGGAAGCAGACUGUCUCUAGGGAUCUUCAUGAUGCAGUUUCAUUUUCAAGGCUUUCACCCUUCUGUAAACUGAUUAUACCUAUUGGCUUACCUUCUUUGAGUACAAGUAAAGCUGCAAUGAACCUUAACAUCAAAGAUGAAAUGCUGUAUCAUUCAAGCGCAGUUUAUGCAGCCGCACUACAUAGCAUUAGCCUCCCAUUUCGAAUGGAACAAGGUGGGCCUACUUCGGAUCCACGUGAUAUUUCAGGCUCCAUGAAUGUUAAUGAGCUUGUACAGAUGCUAGCAGCUCAAGCCAGGGAGAAUAUGGUGGCUAUCAUGGAUGUCGCGAUGCCAGCUCCUUCCUUGACUGGGACACAAUUCAAUCAGACUUUGCUUGGUAGUUUGCAGUCAUUGACACCAGAGAUAAAUGAGAAUGCAGAAGACUUACAGGCAGUAGAAUCCAUUUGUGCCCAUGGAACAUUUAGUUCAGGACUUAAACGGGCUUCAGUUCCUGAAGUAAAAGAUAUGGUUGAAGCUUCAUACAAACAAGCAACAUCAAGGCCCAUGUUUUGCCAUCUCUCUGUGGCUCGAUGCCCUCUUCCAAUUCCCUUGCCUUUUCCCUCAAUCUUUGGCAACCUCGUUGGGCAACAAGGGGAGCUGCUUGGCAGCCCGAUCAGCGGUUUCUCAUCAAGAGGUUCUCUUGAUGUUCACUCCAUUCCCAUGGCAGCUAGACUACGUUCAAGCAAUGCUGUGUUGCCAUAUUUGGAUAAUAGGUUGGGGAAGCUUCGUCGAUAUGGAGUCGAGAGAGGAGCACCUGGGGCGCAGUUACUUAGAAGUUGGGGCUUUGAACAGGAUGAGUUACAAGACAUGGGGGAGAUGCUAUCGAAAAUGGUGAUGACAUUAAAUCCUGAAUCUUUAAUAUCUUCAGAUUCAGAUUAAUAGUUGUAAAACUCAAACUUCUCGUAGUUUUUUUGUUUUUCUUUUUAACCUUAACAUAUGGGAAAUUUUUUUCCUUCCCAUUUACUUCUAUUUGUAGAUUUUGGAUUAUCUCUAAUGUAUUUGUGAAUUAUCAUGCCAAAAUAGUUAGAAGAAAAUAGGCAAAUGUUAUAUCGAAAA